CUUUCCAUCAUGGGCUGCACGAUGAGUGCUGAGGAACGCGCCGCACUGGAACGCAGUCGGCAGAUUGAAAAGAACCUGAAGGAAGAUGGCCUCCAGGCAGCCAAAGACAUCAAGUUGCUGCUUCUUGGUGCCGGCGAGUCGGGCAAGAGUACCAUUGUCAAACAAAUGAAGGCGACAUUCUCUUCAAUUUUGCUUAACCAUUUGCAUUAUGAAAUUAUAACCACUUAUUUUAGGAUCAUUCAUGAAUCUGGAUUUACCGCUGAAGACUACAAACAGUACAAGCCCGUUGUGUACAGUAAUACUAUUCAGUCGAUGGUGGCGAUUCUUCGGGCAAUGAGCACCUUAAAUAUUACGUUUGAAAGUCCUGAUCGAGAGGUAAGAAAUUCAUAA